AUGAACACCUCUUCUGCACGUGACAGCACCGAGCCAAGGCUUGCAGGCCGACUAGAAGGAGGCAGCCCUCUGCAGCAUCACGGAGGCGACAACUCGGGAGGCUCCGAAGCGUCAGCAACAGCGGCUGCACCACCUAGACCAGAAGGCACAACAGCAGCUGCAGAAAAUCCUCUCGUUGUGCCCGCAGCUGCCCUUCCGUCAGCAUCCUCGAAAAAAGAGCUGUGUGAAACGGAGCCGAGUUCAAAAAUGCCAGAUGCGCAGAAACUUUCCGAGGCACCCUAUCUGGGAUUUCUCCGACGGGGAGAGCACCACGAGCGCUGGGCAUGGCUGGCGGCUGUAACCGCUGAAAAAACGCAACAGCUGCUUCAGGAUCUGCAGCAGCAGCUGGUGCAGCAUCCCUCAUUUCUUGCGGCUAUUCCCUCGCUCAUCAUUGCGUCAGUGCCGUUUAUGGGCCUCUUAUGCGUGUUGGCAGCAAGCCUUCUCCCGCUCUGCGGGUUCAUGCCCUUGGCGCUCGGAGUGUACCUACUGUGGGGAUGGCUCGGCGACGUACUGCAGGGAAGGGGAGGACACAGCCAAGGCGUCCGGAUCGCUGCUAUCUGUGCUGUGCUGCUUUUCCCGAUGCUGCUGCUGCCCGCUGCGGGCUUCUUUGCUGCCGGUGGUUUGCUGCUGAUGCUGCUCCUGCCGCUCCUCUGCUUCGUUCUCCCCCUAGGGAUUAUUUGCUUCCUCCCAGUGGCAGCGGUAGCCACGGCUUUGUUGCUCGCCCUUUCGCUUGUUGCCUUUCGAGGCGAACGCUAUAACCGAGUCGUCGACAAAGCCGCAUAA